GAAAGUUGAAAUUGCUUAGAAAAUGGCUUAAUCAGUUAUCCUAUCCUAUUUUCUUGAAUUAUUUUCAAAGAAGAAUGCACUCGAAGGGGAUGAUCAUUGGAUCAGGGCCUUUUGGUUAUACGGCAAUUAUUUAUCUUGGAAGAGCAGAAUUGAAGACAAUUCUUUAUCAAGGAAUCUUAUCUAAUGGUAUUGCAUCAGAUGGAGAUAAUCUAAGCUUUAGAAAGCAGUCAGAAAAAAUAAGCAUUUCUGGAAAAUUAAAGGAAGAAGAAAUCCUUGCUUAUAUUUCGAAAGAAGAUUAUAAAGAUAAAGAUAAAUGCGAAGUAAUGCUUAAGGAAUAUUGUGAAGAAUUGAAAGGAAUAGAUUCAGAAUUAAAUAAAGUUUAUAGCAAAGUUAAAGAAAUUUCUGGUAAUAUAGAACAAAAAUGCAAAAACCCAGAACUGAAGAUUCAUGAAAAAGUAGACGAUCUUUGUAAUUAUAUAUAUCUAUUUAUGAAUACUAGUAUCACUUGUAAAGAUUGUAAUGAACACAUACAAAAAUGUUUGUUUUUAGAAUCUACAAAAAUUCAUGAAAAAAAAGGAAACAAAGUUAUUCUUAGAGCUAUUGGCACUGGUAUUACUGAAUCUAAUGAUUUCCAGGAAAAAAGAAUAGUAUUGGAAAAGUGCUCUACACUUGAAAAUAAUGAUAUUGAUAUUUUUUUGAGAUGCCUUCGGCCAAAGGAGGAUUCUCCUAAAGAAAAGGACUGCAUUGAAUUAAAAGAGGAUUGUGAAGGUAUUUUGAAAGAUUUAGGUUUAAAUAAUGGGAAAUGUGUUACAUUGAAAGAGCGCUGUGAAUAUUUUAAAGUUAGAAAAGAACUGGAAUAUGCGUUUUUGAAAGAAGAAAGUGAUGCAUUAGCGGAUAAUCAAAAAUUCAUGAAAGCUUUGAAGGAUAAAUGUGAUAAAUUAUCUGAAAAAGAGAAGAAUUUAUAUCAUGUCUCAUGCAAUUCACUAGAAGAAACAUGCAAAUUUAUGGUUCCAGAAGCUAUGAAUCAUUGCGAUAUUUUAAAAAAGAACAUGGGAGAACAUAAAAUUGUGAGUAAAACUAAAGGUUCAGAUCAAACAUUGAAUUGCCCGGACACGUUAAAAAAAGGUUCCAAUAGCCAUGAUGAAAAAGGAGUCUGUUUACAAUUGAAAGAUAAUUGCAAGCCAUUAUGGGUUGAAAAGAAAUUGGAGGAUAAACCAGCAAAAGAAGAAGAAAAGAAAGUGGAGGAUAAACCAGCAAAAGAAGAAGAAAAGAAAGUGGAGGAUAAACCAGCAAAAGAAGAAGAAAAGAAAGUGGAGGAUAAACCAUCAAAAGAAGAAGUGAAACCGAACGAGGGGAUAAAAAUAAAAGUUACCGAGAUGAUUAAAAUAAUGUUUUUGGGAGUGAUUGUUAUGGGAAUGAUGUAA